AUAAGUUAAAAAUAAAAUUCUCAAUAUAAGAAAAUUUCCAAACUGUUAAACAUUUAUUCCAGAAAUAUCGAAAUGUGUUGAAUAUUCAAAGAUAUUUUUCCCAUUAUUUAAAUAAAAUAGACAUUAAGGUAUUUUCACUGAAAAAAAUGUAGAAUUAAGGUACAACUUUAUUAGUCUUUCAUCACUGACUUGUAUUUGUCACAAUUAUGUUGUCAAAAUUUGACAUUUGAAAAAGUGGUCGUAAGAUAUUUGGUUUUUUAUUGUGAUAUAAAUGGUGAAUCGAUAUUUUAUUAAGUAAAUAUUGCAAUAAGUAAUUAAACUUAUACAAAGCGAGUUAAAUUGGUAUUUAAGUGGCUUGCGAAUAUCUGCUAGUUUUGAAGAAAUGUCCUCAGAAGUUGAAACUCAAGGAGUGCAAGAGAAAUCUAAGAAACCUUCAGAUUCGGCUUUUAAGCAGCAGCGGCUUCCUGCAUGGCAGCCUGUGCUAACAGCUGGCACUGUAUUGCCAACAUUUUUCGUCAUUGGAAUUCUGUUCAUACCUGUUGGAGUGGCGUUGCUAUAUUUUUCAGAUGAAGUUAGCGAAUUCGUUUACGACUAUACCAACUGCAAAAGGUUUGGAUAUAACAUGACCUGUGCAGAAUAUUUGUCUACUAAUUAUAAUGGAUCCUGCAAUUGUGAAAUUGAAUUUGAACUCCCAAAGCAAUUUACAGGAAAUGUUUAUAUGUAUUACGGUCUAAGUAAUUAUUAUCAGAAUCAUCGACGCUAUGUAAAGUCUCGGGAUGAUGAACAGUUAUUGGGCCGUUUGUCGUCGCGCCCAUCAACAGAUUGCAUACCAUUCGCUUAUGUGGAAGAAAAUGGUGGAGAUAUACCUAUUGCACCGUGUGGAGCCAUCGCCAAUUCGCUUUUCAACGAUACCUUAUCAUUAAAAUUCGAUGGAAAAGAUGUGCCACUACUUAAUACCGGCAUUGCCUGGCCCUCCGAUAAAAGCAUUAAAUUUAAGAAUCCACCAGGAAAUUUAACUGUGGCACUUCAACACUUUAGUAAGCCAAAGUUUUGGCAAAAAGAACUAUGGCAACUGGACCCUAAAAAUCCUGACAAUAAUGGAUUCCAAAAUGAAGAUUUAAUCGUUUGGAUGCGCACUGCAGCUUUGCCCAGUUUUCGUAAACUUUAUCGACGCGUUGACCAUUCCCAACCAGGUUUUCUAAAUGGUUUGAAUAAGGGUCCCUAUACUCUUAAUAUAGUUUAUCAAUAUCCUGUGACGUCAUUUGAUGGUUCUAAGAAAAUGAUUUUAUCGACGACGUCUCUACUGGGUGGUAAGAAUCCAUUCCUUGGCAUUGCAUAUAUUGUUGUCGGGUCCAUAUGUCUAGUGCUUGGUGUCGCCUUGUUAUUCAUACAUAUCAAAUGCAGCAAGAGUACUACGGAAAUGAUCAACGUCAAUCCGCGCACACCCUAUUCGUAAUCGCAGCACAAUUGAGCUGGUCUGAGGUCGCAAAAAUGCUUAUCUCAAAUUAAUUUUGAUGUGCGGACGUAGUUUGAGGUUUUAAAAUGUAAUACAUAGUUAAUGCAAAUGGUUUAAAGCUAUGAUUAGCAUAACUGUAGAACAUUCAAGCUUGCGGAAUUUGUUAAUAUUUAUUCAUUUUUUCAGUUUCAUUUGUUUUCAAACUAUGUAAUAUUGUCUAAAUUAUUCUCUACACAAUGUUUUUUUUUGUACUUGUUUACCUAUGUAGUCUUCGCUUGAAAUAUUAUAUAUUAAUAAAACAAUUAACGAAAUAAAAGUAUUGUAACGAAAUAAAGUCGUGAAGAAUGAAAUUUAUAUAUAUAAUACAAUAUCUUAUACAUUGGAAA